GGGCUAGAAAAUGGUCUGACGUUUCACAUUGUUUAUAAAUUUAAAACCAUUAUUCUUACAGUGGCAUGUAAAUAUUCCCAAAAGAUUGCUUGGCAAGUAACAAAACAUCGUUACCAAGUCCCUUUAGCAAAGGCGACAAAUAAUCACCAAGCCAAUGGUAGUUACAGGAUCAGAAAGACCAAUGAAGCAGAUGCGAACGAACCCCUUAAGGGGUUUCUAGAUACCUAGGUAUACAUUGCCUCAAAAGGUUGUUAGAGAUAAUGAAGAGAAUGCCGCAUUGGGACAGUUGGAUGACCGCCAAAUAUUCAUGAUAGAGGCUAUACGCAGAUAAAUACCCAUCAUCAUCACAGUUAUUCUCUCAUAUGGCAAGCUGGUCUACAUUCACAUCAUUUCUCUUCUUCUGAUCCCCUAUUGUAAAAGAACCGCUUUUCUCCUUCGAUUCUCUCUAAGCUAUUUCGUUGCCGGACAACGCCAAAACCAUUAAAAAUGCAAAUCACUUCAUUUUACUGCUUUCUUCUCAGUGCAGCCGUACUUGGUGCCCCCGUCAAAACUAACAAUGAGAGUGAUGCUGCAUCUACAGGCGCGGCCUCAAACGCUCUUACAAGCGGCUUCGGGCUCGAUGCCAGUACUAUUGACGAGUUAACAAAGACCUUCCCGAAUGAACCAAACGCUGAAGAUUGUGCCGGAAAUUUGUCUUUCGGCCAACAGAGGCAGUGUAUCGAUGCGGGUCUUCUUGAUGAUCCCUCCUUUAAGAAGCGAAAGGCGCCGUCGGCCGAGCAGUGUGCUGGCGACAAUUUGUCGUUCGGGCAACAACGCCAGUGUAUAGAUGCAGGACUCCUUGACGAUCCGUCAUUCAAGAAGCGCAAAGCACCAUCGGCCGAGCAGUGUGCAGGAAAUGAUCUCUCCUUUGGACAACAACGACAAUGUAUAGAUGCAGGAUUGCUUGAUGAUCCCAGUUUUUAAGAAAUAUUUAUAUAUAUAUAUAUAUAUAUAUGAUAAUAAAAUUUAAUAAAGGAUCAUAUUUA